GGCAAUCUUGUGGUGCCGUCUCUCUCAUCCACUCCAUGUCCAUCCUCUCUCUGUACAUUACACUAAACUACCGUAUAAACCCAAUUCUCAUGCAACUUGCAUUAAAAAAUUACUGCAUUCCCAUCUCCUCAUUAGCAUUAAAAAAAAUCCCACGAAAGUUCGAAACUUUGCUAUCUCUUCUAGUUAUAUAUAUACAUACAUAUAUCUGCUUCUCUAUGCUACCUUUCUUUCUUACAAGCAUCCCCCAAGGCGGAGAGGGAGGCGGUGCGUUUUGCAUUAAGAGAAUUAGCCUAUGAGCCAAGCUGCUUUACUUGUUUCAGAUCCACAUUGAGUAUAACCGAAAAAGGUGUAAUAGAAAAAAGGUCUCUGAGGACUGAUUCAAGUUUUACGUGUAGAAGUAUGGCUUUAGGAAAGUACUCUAGAGUUGAUGGCAGAAAAUCGUCAUCGUGUUGUUCAACAGUCACAAUAGUGGUUUUCGUAGCUCUUUGCUUAGUUGGGGUAUGGAUGAUGACAUCAUCGUCUGUGGUCCCCAUUACAUCGGAUGUCGCUUCUCAGGAAAACAAGAGUGAGAUGAAGACACAACCGAGUGAGAUCAAUGGUGAAAAUAACAACGAUGCUGGCAAUGGUGGGAAUAGUAACAAUAUGGUUGAUGAAAGUAGUCGUAACGAUGAGGACAAGUCAAAGCAGUUUGAAGAUAACCCAGGUGAUCUAACUGAUGAUGCUACCAAAGCGGACACUAGUUUGAAUUCAGAUCAGGAGGAUAAGAACAGUAAGCCUGAAGAGACUAAACCCGAAGAGACAAAGCCUGAAGAGACGGAGAAAACCAUUGACGAAAGGCAGGAAGAGAAACCUGAAGAGAAGUCAGAGGAUGAAAAGAAAGAUAAUGGAGAAGACAAAACAGAUGAUGGUAAAAAAAUGAAACAAGAUGGAUCUAAGAAUGAGUUAGAGAAAGAAGUGGAAAAGAAGGGAGAUGGGGUAGUGCAGACUGAAGGUAAAGAUUCUGAAGCUGGAGACCAGGAAAACAAGUCUGAUGACAAUGAGAAGAAAUCUGACGAAGCUUCGGGUUAUACAAAAGAUGGUCAAAUAGAGGAGAAGGGUGAGGAAAAGAAAGAUCUGGAUUCACAACAAGGUUCUGGUGAGAAGAAGGAUCAGUCUUCAGGUGAGGUGUAUCCUUCUGGGGCUCAAUCAGAGCUUCUGAAUGAAACGCAGACCAAAAAUGGAGCAUUUUCAACUCAGGCAGCCGAGUCAAAGAGUGAGAAAGAAGUUCAAAAGUCUACAGGGUCACAAAAUGCGUACAAUUGGAAGCUUUGUAAUACCACUGCUGGGACAGAUUAUAUUCCGUGCCUUGACAAUUUGGAAGCGAUGAAGAACCUUCGAUCUACGAAGCAUUAUGAACAUAGGGAGAGGCACUGUCCUGAUAAACCUCCCACCUGUCUCGUUCCACUUCCUGAAGGAUACCAACGCUCAGUCGAAUGGCCUACAAGCCGGGAAAAGAUAUGGUACCAUAAUGUUCCCCAUACCAAGCUUGCAGAAGUUAAAGGACACCAAAAUUGGGUUAAAGUUAGCGGUGAAUACCUUACCUUCCCUGGAGGUGGCACCCAGUUUAAGCAUGGUGCUCUUCAUUACAUCGAUUUCAUACAGCAAUCUGUGCCUGAUAUUGCCUGGGGAAAACACUCACGUGUGGUACUGGAUGUUGGAUGUGGUGUUGCUAGCUUUGGUGGCUUUCUAUUUGAAAGGGACACACUAACCAUGUCAUUGGCUCCCAAAGAUGAACAUGAAGCUCAGGUUCAAUUUGCUCUCGAAAGAGGAAUUCCUGCUAUAUCGGCCGUUAUGGGUACCAAGAGACUCCCAUACCCGGCAAGAGUUUUUGACUCAGUCCACUGUGCACGCUGCAGGGUACCCUGGCACAUUGAAGGUGGUAAACUUCUCUUGGAGCUGAAUCGUUUGCUUCGACCUGGUGGUCUAUUUGUUUGGUCUGCUACUCCUGUCUACCAGAAGCUUGACGAAGAUGUUGAGAUUUGGGAAGCCAUGAAGAAACUAACUAAGGCAAUGUGCUGGGAGGUUGUUUCAAUUACUAAGGAUACAAUUAAUCGAGUAGGUAUAGCUACAUAUCGCAAGCCAACUUCAAAUGAAUGCUAUGAGCAAAGGUCACAAAAUGAUCCUCCACUUUGUGAGGACUCGGAUGAUCCUAAUGCUGCUUGGAAUGUGCCUUUGCAAGCAUGCAUCCACAAAUUGCCUGCUGAUUCUUCGGAACGUGGGUCUCAGUGGCCAGAACAAUGGCCCGCCAGAUUGGAGAAAGCACCUUAUUGGUUGCUGAGCUCGCAGGUUGGAGUUUAUGGUAAACCUGCUCCAGAGGAUUUUGCUGCAGAUUAUAAACAUUGGAAGAAUGUGGUGAACAAGUCAUAUUUGAAUGGACUGGGAAUCAAAUGGUCCACUGUGAGAAAUGCCAUGGACAUGCGUGCUGUCUAUGGAGGAUUGGCUGCUGCUUUGAAAGAACUGAAUGUGUGGGUUAUGAAUGUUAUAUCCAUAGAUGCUCCGGAUACACUACCAAUUAUAUACGAACGAGGUCUAUUUGGAAUUUAUCACGACUGGUGCGAGUCCUUCAGUACAUAUCCAAGAUCUUAUGAUCUUCUCCAUGCAGAUCAUAUCUUCUCAAAAAUUAAGAAGAAGUGUAAUUUCAUGGCUCUUGUUGCGGAGGUUGAUCGAAUCCUGAGACCUGAAGGAAAGCUCAUUGUCCAGGACAAUGUUGAGACCCUUAAUGAACUUGAAAGCAUAUUCAAGUCUAUGAAGUGGGAGAUUCGCUCGACCUACUCUAGGGAUAAGCAAGGAUUGUUGUUUGUCCAAAAAACAAUGUGGCGCCCUACUGAAGCCGAGACAAUUUUAUAUGCUAUUGCUUAAGGUAUAAUACGACAUACCUAGUUUGAUACGCGAGGCUUUCCUACCACGGAGAAUAGGUAUUCUUUUUGUAUCGAUGCUAAUUUAACAGUGUGGUAAUUGUGUUCGUCUUAAGGCUAUUGUGCAUUGUCUUAGCCAAGUAGUGCUUUUAGCUUCGAUUUCUUGGUUAGAGGCUCGGUCGAGGUUCUUUUGUUGUAGUGUUGUGUUGUUACUUGUCAGUAAAACGUGGAACACCUUUCUGAAAGUGUAAAGCCCGUUUGUUCGAUACGUUUAUGGAAAUGGAAAUUUUUGCUUCAAAUUUUGAA